GUAGGAGGUGGUAAUGCUCCUUUAAGUUGGUUGCCAACCGCCGUUAAACAGAAGGAAGAAGAAGAUUCAGACGAGAGAGGAGAGGCAGGUCCUUUGGCCAAGAGAAGAGAGUGGGUUGAUCUUUCUAUAGCAGCUCCAUCAUACAGAAAGUCAGCUACAGAUGGAGAGAUUCGAUGUAAUCCAUGUAAUUUUCCUGAUAAACAUCUAUGUCUGCCUUCCUUUGACCAUGGCAGUGAGCUGUUGGGUGUGUUUUGUGGUACGAAAGGAGCAGGCCCCCAUCACCUACUACACAAACCUGUUAUUCUCCAAUCUCGUCCAGUGCAGCAUGAUGAUCCCUUUCAUUGUCCAAGGAAACAGUGAACUACAUGGCGUUUUUCAGUAUUCUCCUCUAAUUUUUUGCUGUGCUGUGAUUGCUAGUGUUAACUUCAAGAUGUGCAUUGCUACUGAAAGGUGUUUGGUCAUCACCCGUCCACAGUGGAACUGCAUCAGACAAACUAAAGGUUCUGUGGUGCUCUCUGUUCUGGUCUGGACCCUGUCUGUUAUCACUGUACCUCUUGCUAUGAUUAUACCCCCUGUGCUUAUUUUUUUUGCCCUCUUUCCUUCUUUCCUGUUCAUCCUCACUUUGGUUUGGACCCUCAAAGCUCUGCCUGCUGCCACCUCAGUGCCCACUGAAGAAAAACGAAGAAUUGUUGGAACCUUAGUUCUCUUGUUAAUUAAUUAUCAUCUGACGUUCUUUCCCCUGAUCUUUAUUACUUUCGAUUUGGUUUUACCAGGAACGACAGGUUUUGGUUUCCAAGAUAUUAUUGUUGAUAUUGUCCUAUAUUUAUUUCUGCUCAGUCCCUCGAUGGAUUUGAUUUUGUUUUUUCUCAUGCUGAAAGGCCCCAUCAACAACCUGCUUGUAUCUCUGUGCUGUUGCUGUAUGGACAACACUGUAGGAGAGGUAGCUGCAGAUACAACGCUGGAGCUACAAAACUGCAGCUACAGCACCGCAGCAGACGUAGCUGCACGGGGUGGCUGUAGCUCAGGUCAGCCACUAACCAGAACGUUGGUGGUUUGAUCCCAGUCUGCUCCAGGCUGCAUGCCAAACGUGUGUGCCUUACGUUGAGUUUUAUUUUGUUAAUGCUGCAUAGUUUUCACAGUGGCUUUGGAGAGAAGUCUUCAAAUAAACCAGGCACAGAAAACCACUUGCGUCUGCCUCUGCUUCGAGGGAAUUAUAGUUACUAUAUAAUCCCAAAAGUAUUUGUAGCCCAGCUAGAACAAAAGAGCAGUGGAAAGUAAUUUUUCGGCGUAUGAUGUAAACAAUUUAGCUCUUUCUUUCUUUUUUUGUUUAAAGGAAGAUGUAGACAAAUAAGAUUAUCUGUUGUCGUAUUACUUUGCCAAUCAGCAAUGAGCACCCAGCUACCCUUGAUGCUGACCUUGAUCACAUGACUUUCUGUAGUUGCCAUUUCGUUCCUGUUCAUACAAAGCGAUGUGCCCAAGAAACUAAUGUUACCAAAGUCGAAUUGCUAAGAGUUGCAAGCGAUUCCACUGCAGUUUUUUCUUUUUGGGUCAUUCAGAAUUUCAUCAUGUCAUCGGUGAGUAAGAAAAGUGGGGAAAACCUAAUUUGAUAAGGAGAAAAGGGCAGGGAUGGAAAGUCUGCUCGCAGCUAAGCUAACAGCUAAGCUAACAGCUAGACCUCAGCUUGCAGAAUUUAAUGUGUUUGUGUGUGUUAAUCAUUUAUGGUUGUGGUGUGAUCUGCUCCUCGUUCCUUGCUUCCCUGUGGGUUGUUGUGUCAGUUUUGUUGCCCCACCAGGUCUGGAGAGUC